UACUCGUAUAAAGCAAAAGUUCAAGGGUGAGAGAAAUACCGAUAAUGUGGGAGGAUCUCUCGGUAUUUCGUUUCGAACGAUGCACACACGUCUCGUGUGGAUUAUGGGACUAAAAUUAGUUAAAUCUCUUGUUACCUAGUCAGAAGAGUUUACAAAAAAAAAGCGAUCACGACACAACGGUACAAACAAGCCUGUUAAACCGACUAUACGUUCACGUAAGCUCCUUUCGCGAUAAACAACCAUUAUAAGAACCACUUAAUUCUUUGCUACUUUUACUCCGGACCAGAUGCAUCGAGUUCGUCGCCAGUGUUAAAAAUCCAUUAUCGAGAAGAAGUACACGCGAAAGAGACAACCUUUUUGCUCCUUUCUUGCAUUUUGUCAGAAGAACGAGUUAUUUCAGGGUUAAUCUUUGAAUCCUCCACUUAAGCUUUUUUUAAACUCUUGUUACGUCUCGUGAAUUUUUUAAAGUGUUUAACUGUUGUUAUGCUGGAAUAUACAUACAUUGACAAAUUAUAAAGAAAAAUUGAACCUCUUCGAAUCUUUGCAUUUAGUUUUUUAAACGUUUUCCGAAUAUUAUAACAGAUACUUUCGAUCGAUGUUAAAAAAAAUUACAGAUCUCUUGAAUCUUCCUCGCUUUUCUAUUACAACGCUAACCGAGUUUUAUUAAAUCUAAAAAAAAAAAGGAUCUAAAAAAAGAAAAUAAUACGUAGUCACCGAAAUAAAAAAAACACUAGGAAAUAGUCGAGGCUAAAAGCAUCCGUUCUCAAUUGCUGUUAUCCUCGCUUUUAAAAACUUCCAUGAGUCAAGCUCUGAAAAUUCCAUUCCGCUUAAUAAUUCACCGAUUUCCUUCCUCGAUCCGCGACGAUUUCUACUCUCGAUCGAGUGAAAAAAAAAAAAGAAAGAAAGAAAGAAAGAAAGAAAAGAAUAAAAUGUAGAAGGGGGAUGAUGGAAAAAAAAAUGGAAACAGAGGUGAAACGGAAGGAAGGGAUGGGAAAGAGAUGAGAUCGGAAGCGUGGUCAGGUGACAGACAAAGGUGGAGUCCCCUAAAGCUGCGUUCAUAGAGCAGCGCGAGACACACCGCUGUAUAAAGUCGAUCCUCCACCGACGGGAGCCGUCAGUUCGGCACGACACCUCUGUAAAGCACGACAGAGGAACUCGCUUCUCGGUAUUCUGUAACAUGCAUCACGCUACCGUCGCUGCGGCUUCUCAUUUGAUCUCAAAGAUCUAACGGCCGACAAGUGAAUCGCAUCGUGAAUCUAUCGAUUGGAAUCUAUCGUGGACUCGGAUUAAUCGUGAAUCGAUCGGCGGAGACGAGAUUCGAGAGAGUUUUGGUACGGAAACGUAAACACCACCGAGUCAGGAAUAAAAAAUAUGCUCGAUCUUUACGUCGCACGUAAACAUUGUGACGACAAGUAAUUUCGUUCUAAUCUCUUCGUAGGUGAUACUUAUUUGUGUUAAUUGAGUGAAUCUCUUGAAUAUAGUUUAUUGAUUUAGUUUUGCUCCAUGGAGAAUUAUAUAUAUGGGCAUUUAAUAAAAUUGUUCUGUGAUCUUGAUCUUGAUUAGAUUGUAAGAAAGGUUUGCUAUGAAAUAUAGUACAAGUGCAUUCUUUUUUUUCUUUUUUUUUUUUUGUCAAACAUGAAUAUAGUAAAUGUCAUGUUCGUAUUUAAAUAUGCAUAUAUAUAUAUAUAUGGGGAAACGAGUAAUUAUAUAGUAACAUUUGUUAUUAGCAAUUUAAUUUUGUGGAUCCAAACAUAUGGAUCUUCUUCUUGUGAAAUUUUUUUUUCAAAAAUAAAACAUGACAAACAAUACGUAAUAUAUUAAUAUUUAGGGUAUAUACAAAGACUUCGACAUUUCGGAAGAUAAGGUUCACCUUAUUUAACUUUUCCUCCUCUCGUUCUUGUUCAAUUGGAAUUUUACGAUCACCAUGACAAAUUGAUCUCGUGUCUCGAAUCUUUUUUUACAUCGGUAUUGUACCAGAUACUAAUGUUGGUACACGCUCGACACGAUUUUUCUCAUCGGCCGGCCAACUUGUCGUUCGAAUUCCAACUGUUUAAAGUUCAAAGGUGAUCGAAUUCCCGUGACGAGCAUGAAUUUAACACGUAUUCCCUCGCCAAGGAUGAUAUUUUAUCGUGUUGGAACACGUUGACAAAUUGAAAGAGCAAGAUUAAGAUACGUAAAGAACGUGUCGACGAUGGCCCAUUAAAGAUUCGAAUAUUUCUGAAAAUCGUGGCAAAAUUCUGCGAAUCGAGCUAUGACGUGAACCUCGUCCCAGACAUUUAUAAUCUCUCUCUCUUUUUUUUUUUCUCCUUUUCUCUCAUCACGCUGCCGCGACACCAUGAGAUUAUUUUUCUAUCACAACGUACGCGGAAUCCAAGUUUAAAGCACUUUGUCUGCACACAAAUCUAAAUUUACGAUCCCUUUGACGGCUUCCAAAGCUAUUUUCGUGGACGAAUGCAAGCGGCCUUGACUUUGUGCCCCUUCUUCGCACGUGAAUCUCGUUCUCACGUACCGGAAGAAACGUGAAAACGUAAUCACGUAAUAUUAUUUAACCUUCUAACUUUUUCACCUCGAUCAAAAGUAUCAUCCUUGAUAUCCAAAAUUUCCAUAUAAUGAUGCAAACCAUGAAUUUUAAUUGAGUGUAUUUUCUAUCAAAAUCAUUCUGUUCAAAUAUCAGUAUUUAUUAUUAUAUAAUCUGUUAACUAUUACAACUCUCAAUUUCCAGAAUUCAAUUCGAAGUGUUAAAAAAGUACAAAAAAAAAAUAAUAAUAAUAAUAAAUCCUUUUCCACUUCUGUAAGAUUAGAAAUAGGUCAAAACAGAAAUAUUUCAACGUGCCCUUAAAUCGAAUUCAUUGUUUGUUGCAAAAUCCUCGAUUAAUCCAUCAUCUUGAAAACGUAAAAAGCCCAACUAUCAAAUAUCACGAAGAAGACCUAAUUUCUGUUACACACACGAUUAUCUCAUCGGUUCUGUUUGUUGUGAAAAUCGUUUCUGCCGAUCGGUCAUUUCACAAACGCGUAUUAUUAAUAGUUCACGAUCCCGAUGGGUCGAUAAUCGUAAAAAUAAACGAUGGCUCGCGUUAUACCGACACUUGCGCAAGUACUUACUUAGAUCCAUCGGAAUGGUGGUAUUCUUACAGCCGUGUUCCCUUACUGUAAUAAAGUAACGUGGUCCCGUAAACAUCGGUUGUGAAAAAAAAAAAAAAAUAGACAUAGCAAUGAAUAGUGGAAGUCGUUUGACGAGGCCAUUUUCCAAUAUAAUUAACACGUAGAUUGGGAUUCGAUGAUUAUGUAAAUUACUUUCUUGUCUCAUAAAAUAUAUAUUAUUAACGUUAUUGAAAGAUAAAGUAAUAUUAGAAAAAUUUCUGAAGAAAUUGUUACGAUAAAAUUUGAGUUAUAAAUUUAGAAAAUUAAUAUUCGGAAUAUUGAAUGGUUGAAUGGAAAUUUUAAUUCUUUCUUGACAGAAUCCCAAUAAAAAUUAAAUCGAAAUGAGACGAAGCAUUUAAAUUCACGAUAAAAGAUACUGUUCAAUCUCUAAUUUUGAAUUUUUAUUUUUUUUCUGAAAUAUGUCGUAAAAUUUACCAUUCGUUUAAAUUAUCGUUUCGAUAGAAAAAGAUUCCUUUCUUGAUAAUUUUUAAAAUUAGCACCAGCAUCAUCGAAGUAAAGAAGAUUAAAACGAUCAAAAGGGAAAUAAUUAUUGACGAAUAAUUUAUUGUUAGCGGAAAAUACAAAAAUUUCUUGCCCAGUUUAAUAUUUUGUCUCCGCGUUACAACAUCGUUGACCGAUAGACGGCUCGUUUUCUGAAAUGUUGCGCCAUGAACGUAUUCUGUGGCGCCAUUUCGCUCGAAUGACAUAUACAGACAACUACCGAAUAUACAUAACCCAUAAAUUCAUAUUCACCCGCAACUCGAUUACUUAUCGCGCACUUACAACGCUACUUAGAACGUGCAACAUUCAACCGGCAAUAACUUCCAAUUAAUAUGCACGCGUGUUGCCACCUAAAACUAAUAAAUAAUCGGCUAAUAAUUUAAUUACCUCUAAUUUUAUUACCACUAAAUAAUUUCUUAAAUAACAAAUUCAACAAAUCGUGUUUUCCAACUCGAUGAACAUUCCUAGUGAAUAUCACGAAUAAUAUUUUAAAAUCUAAUUGGCUAAUGUUCCUCGUAAAGAUCGGAUAAAAUAUGUAAUCGACUCGAGAAUAUGUUACCAUUUAUAUAAAUUUGUAUGGAUACAAUUUUUCUCCGGAUUUUUCUUGUACUUUAUUGCAUCACGUGUUUCCACGAUGCCAAUUGAAUCUAACACAUACACAGUUACUCGAACAUAAAUUAAUUUCGCCAACGAAAAAAAAGAAAAAAAAAAAAGAUAGAGCAACACACAAAUGUAACCACUUGUAACAUAAGUAGCUAACGUAAUAAUAUAUUCUAUCUUCUACGAAAAAUAAUCUCAUAUUUAUAGACCAAGUAGCUCAUAACUUCUCUAUCAAACCGAUUUUAAAACGGUGUAUUUACGAUUUACAAAUAUCUAAGAUUGUAAUUCACGCAAUCUCUCACUCAAUGAAUUCAAUUUUUUUCCUCAUUGAAUCGCCGCGAUAGAAAGAAAGAAAGAAAAAAAAAAAGAAAAAUAAGCAAUCCAACGUGUGUGUAUAUAUAUAUAAAUAUAACCGAAUGUACGUAAUUACAGCUCCAAUAAUUCCGUCUUCUUAUUUCCCUCUUGCUACAUAAAUUCCACGUGUUGCAGCCACACAGCGCCAUUCCAAUUCCGCAAAAUAAACACAAACUAAUCCCCUUUGGCCCCGAAUACCGGGCCCAUAAAUUAAUCCCCUCUAUCCCUAUAACAGCGGCACGAGCUCGAAAAACAAGGCUCCAUAAACAAUAGAUCAAAAAAUGGCGAUAAUGUAAACCAGGGGGGGCACACACACGUAAUUGAGAUCGAUCUACUGGAACCAUCGACGAGGUUGGCGCCAGCCGAUAAAAAUGGCGGCUUGUCGCGGGUCGAAACUUUUCAUAUCGCGCUUACGUUAUAUACGCGUAUAAUUGAGAACGAAAGGAAGGAUGGAAUGCGAGGAGGAGGAGGAGGAGGAGGAGAAGGGGGGAUAAAAAUAUUUUUUUCCGGCUAGCGCCGGCGCGCUUUCAGCAGAGAUAAUUCUACGUAGGAGAAACGAUUACGUUCGACAGGUCGACGCACGACUAAUAUCGAUUCCCGUCUAACGCUCACUAACAACUGGAGCAUGAAGGCAUUAUGUGCGCCUUUAUACGUACACACGUGAACGACGGCACCUCUAAUAUCCAAUUUCCUUCGUGUCGCAUCAUAACUCGUUUCUCACGAUGCAAAAUAUCUUGAUCGCGCGUCGAAACGGGCCUGUGUUGUUGCCUAUCGGUGCAAGUGUUGCGUGCGUGUUGUAGGAUGCGCGUGUGCGUCGAUGGCGGUGCUCGUGAGUCGGUCUCGAUAAAAAGUUUUAUUGGACGGAAUCGAGUUUUCGAGUAGCGGAUGGUGUACUUAAGAUAUUGAGGUAUAGUGAAUAGGAGGUUUCGGAGCCACUCGAAAAUCGGUGUCGUUGAAUUUCUUUCUUUUUUUUCUUCUAAGAGGGGAUAGAGAAGCGUGUUUGGGAAAUCGGUUUGAUCAUUCUUUUUUUUCUUUUGGAGGGGAUGGAAUGCUUGAAAUUUUUUUCUACUUGAGCUUUUUUGUGUGUCGUAUGAUCGAUUUCAUGAUUCUUCUUUUUUCUUUCGAUCUUAUAACAAAAAAGAAAUGUUUUUGGUUGGAAGAUAAUUUAGUCGAUCAUUUUUUGGGAAAAUUCUUUUCUAAUUGCGUUCUUUGAAUCGUUUCAGAUUUUCUUGUUUAAUAUCAUAAAAAAAAGAGAAGAAAAAUGUCUCGAUCGUCUCGGAACAAAACGAGAAACAUCAAUUUGCCGAUAAUGUGCGCUGCACCGCGUCAUCCGGAAAUCGAGGACGCGGCUUAAAAAUAGCAGCCGAUCCUCCACCUACCUUCAACCGGCAUUAAAAUAUUGUUCAAACGUUGAAUAUAUUUUUUUCCGUCGAGGUGUGCUCCAUUCUACAACCGUACAGAAAACGGCGCCUUUCUUAAAACAAUCCUAAAAAUAGUCGGCGAUUUCCAAGACUUUGUCGUUCCGCUUUCUCGAUGAAACCGCUCCAAACAUUGCCUUGCGUCUGUGUGUUACACGUAUUUGUCAUUAGCACGUGUCAACUUAAUUAUCAUCAAACCAGCACGUUCACGUCACACGUCCAAUUAUUUUUAUUAAUACGACAACGCGUAACAACUUCUUCUUCUUCUUCUUCUUCUUCUACUAUUCGUUUCAUUAUAAAGGAAUUCAAUCGAUUCUCUUACGAAAUCGAAACGAAUCGAUCGUGUAAUCCAAUCGUGCUCGAUAUAAUAAUACUACUGUGUAAUUUCACUUGAAACUUAUCGAUCAUUCUUGUCAGCACCAAGUUUUAUUAACCAAUUUCUUAUUGGAAGGAAUAAUCACGUCCUACGCUCGAGGAAAAUGCGUUUCGUGAAACGAGAAUGGAAACAGGAGCGACGAAAAAUCAGAAAAGGUCAUCGAUUUAUCAGUCUCUUAUAUCUGCGUGGAAAUUCCUACGUUGGAUAAGAGGUAACCCGAGAAACAAUAAAUAAUAUCCGCGUAUCGGUGAAUCGGUGGAAAAGUUGGCGUGGAAAAUUGCCAGGGAAACUGAAUAUCGUGAGAAGCUAAUAUAGAAGCUUGAGGUGUGAAAGGUAGAAUGGAGAUUCUUAAAUUCAUUAAUGUCAGAUUUGUAAUGUCAGAUAGAGUAGGUAUUUUAUUGAGAAAUAGGAUAGAGAUAAAUCUUAGAGAUAAGGGAUAAAUCGAAAUUUCUGAAUGAAGAAUAUUAUUUAUCGUUUAAUUUUAAGAACGAAACUAAACUUUGAGACAAAAGAAAAGGAAGAAAAGAAAAGAAAUUUGAACCACUUUUUCACUGGAAUCUUCAUUCGUUAUUUAAUUUUAUUCAAAGAUCGGAGGAGGCUCGAAGAAAGGAAACGUAAGUUUUAUUAAAUUAUUGUAAUGGUGUGAUAAAAGCGAUUCGAUGGUGCGAGUAGAAAAGAAGAAGAGUGUGUACGAGUGAAAUAUGGCAACGUGACUUCAAUGACAGUCGAGGGAAUUAAAACUGAAUCGUGGUGUUAUGCAAAACGACUGUCGUGCUCGAAAAAUGACGAAUAAUUAUUCUCGAAAUCGCUUCGAAUCUCAUCUGGAAGAAUAUUAAUGGGAAGAAGCUUGUGGAAGAUGAUACGUGGAGCGUGAACCGGAAGAAGAAUGUUCUCCAAGAUGGAUCAAACUGUUCUGCUCUCUCUGCUGAUAUCAUUGACGUGUUUUCUAAAUUCCUGCGAUGGACAUUUAAUCGAUGGGAUUUUCACGGAGCCGACCUUGGAACGGGGUUACAAUUUGGUUGCCACGGUUCCUCGUGGUGCUGUGGUUUUGAACGUGACACAAUUACGUCACACGGAGAAUUAUUUGGCGGUCAAGUUGCAAGAUGGUACCUACGUGUUCAAUGGGAAUUACAGCAUAAGUCUGCCUGGUAAGUAUCAAGCAGCAGGGACUAGUUUCGUCUACGUUCGUCAAAGUCCUCAGAAUUUGGAAAGUUUCUCUGCCAUUGGCCCGUUGGAAGAGCCCAUUGAUGUUAUGGUUUUAUAUCAAGAACCGAAUCCCGGGAUUGUAUAUCGAUACGUCAUCCCCGGAAGUGGAGUAUCUCCGAGUUCUCAUCUUGGACAUAAGACGGUUUCUAGCAAGGCUGGUGAAGCUAUUCCUCACAAGAAAAUAGAAGCCGGUUCUAAUAUCAAUGAUGGAACGCAAACAUAUCUUCCAAGACGGUACAAGAAAAGAAAAUUCUUUUGGAAACCAAGCGGUUAUACCGAGUGUAGUAAAACUUGUGGUGGAGGUACUCAGAUAUUGAAGUACGUAUGCACGAGGGAACACACACAGACACCUGUGCCUGAAAAGAGAUGCCACGCGUUAGAAAAACCGCGAGAAACUCAAGUACGAUGCAAUACUACACCUUGCCUACCCAGAUGGAGAGCAGGCCCGUGGAGCCUUUGUUCGGUUACCUGUGGUAGCGGUACGCGUUCCAGGAGCAUAGAAUGCGUACAAGAAAUAACAGCAUCAUUGAUAAUGAGAAUAGCCGAUGGCGCCUGCGUGGAGCCUAAUAUCCUUCCUACUUCCGAGGUUUGCGAAAUGCCACGCUGUGAACUCGAAUCGAAGGUAGCACCAACAACAUUACCGCCUCCGCAAUGGAGCGUGGGCAUAUGGUCCACGUGUUCCACAACUUGCGGUCCAGGUACAAGAACAAGGAGUGCAACGUGCGUGACACAAGGCCCUACGUGUAAUCUUGCAGAAAAGCCUAUUACUCAAGAUGCUUGUGAUUUAGGAUCGUGUACCACUAAAUCGCCACAAACGAAUGCUAUUUUCACGAGAAUCGAAAGUUCACAGUGGUUGUACACUGAAUGGUCCGAAGAGUGUUCCGCCGAAUGUGGAGUCGGUAUGCAAACGAGAAAGGUGUUCUGCGAAAAAGAUCCGGAGGGAGAAUUUUGCGACCAAUCGACAAGACCUGAAACUUCAAGAACCUGUUCCAGCAACAGAACCUGUAGUGGACAAUGGUUUACGGGACCAUGGACCGCGUGUUCCACGGAAUGUGACCAAGGAGAACAAGUCAGAGAAGUAGCCUGCAUAACUACGCUUCGUGGAUCUCUUCGUGUUGUUCUCGAUAUGAAUUGCCCUGCGAACAAACCGGAAAGUCGAAGAUCAUGCACCGCUCCACCAUGCACAUCCUCGUGGUUUAUAUCGGACUGGACAGAAUGUUCCCGAUCGUGCGGAAAAGGCGUUCAAAAGAGAGAAGUAAAAUGUUUGAACAGAGAGGGCCAGAUACCGGAACACCACGAGCUCCAUUGCAAAGAAAAGGAUCGACCUAUAUCUCGACGAACUUGCAAUGACUAUCCUUGCAAGGAGGACAUGCACAGAUCUGAGAAUCAUCACACUGUCCUGCAAGUUCAAGACGAUCCGGAAAUCUCAAAUGUUCUCGAAGAAAAUCCACUUUGCAAGGACAGUACAUCUAACUGCAAUUUAGUGGCACAAGCUCGGCUCUGCAGUUACCAGUUUUACCAUCAGCUGUGCUGUCAAUCGUGUUCCAGAGCUAAGCAAGAUCUCGAAUGAUGAUCUGAAAUUCUGUCGAUCAACCAAAUGUAUCGUAAAUGGAAAUUUAAAGCAUCGAUGAUUAAUCGAAUCAUUGAACGUAACCUUAUGAUAUUAUACGUGUCGUAGAAUUACUUACCCUUGCACUGCCUGAUGAAACAUUUUUAACGCCAAGUUUUAUGUAUAGAAAUGAUAUUAGAUAUUAGAUCUCUAAAAGAAAGUAAUAAUGAAAUAUAAUUGUUAUUAUAGAUAAUCCAUAGGUUUAUGAAUAAGCUUGAAUAAACUUUUAUAAAGAUUAAUAAAUUAUAACAAUUGUCAACGUUUUAUAAUGUUUUGAAAAGUAGGUUAUUUAUCGAAUUAUAUACGUAGCUUUAAUUGUAAUUUUAUAGAAAUGAUGGUAUUAAUGAAUGUAUAAUUAUUUAUGAUUGAUCUAUCUGUGAAAAUCGUUCGAGCUUUUUAUUUAAUAUUACGGAGAAAGUAAGUAUUAGGUUAAAUUAAAAUGAAAGGAAAAUGUAAAUUUUAAUACUCAAAAGAAAAUUUACGAGAUCGUCGACGAGAAAUUAUAGACUGAUCGCAUAAUUAACAUAACAUUGGCAUUUAAUUUGUAUUAUUUUCCAUAGUUAUUAUUCGCUAUAAUAAAGUUUAU